GAGCACCAUUAUGCAGAUAUAAAAGUGCUGCUCUCGGCUUAUGAAGCGGAGGAGAUUUGUUCUUGUAGACGCUUCAAUUCAAUAUACCCCGUUUCGUUUCGUUUCUGGCUUUCUUUCUUUGCUGCCUCCAUCGUUGAAGAUCGAUACCGCCCCAGAACUCACUGUACCGGUCAUGGUGUUCGGAUUCGCUACCAGAGAGAGUCCUGAUUUCGAGGAGAAGAGGGAGGAUGAGGAGGAAGAGGAGAAGGAGCAGGCGUAUAAUGACUGGCCUAAUACUGCUGGGUUUGACGGAUUCCACGAGGAGACCGCGCCCGUCGAGCUGGUGGUGAAGGGGAACAUACCUGAAUAUGCCCUCGGCGUGCUCUAUAGAACCGGUCCGGGAGGCUAUGACGUCCCCACCUCCAAGGGCACAACCUUCAGCAUCAGCCAUUGGUUCGACGGCUUCGGGCAAACGCACCGCUUCCAGCUGCUCUCUUCCACCCGGGUUCUGUACAACUCGCGGCACUCAACCGACAGCCUCGUGGCGCACGUGCGGCGCACCGGCAACAUCCCCAGCAGCUUCACGUUCGCGCAGCGCCGCGACCCGUGCCAGAGCCUAUGGCGGCUGUUCCUGACAACGUUCCAGCCGGCGAUGUCGGAGCUGGAGGGGAAAGCCGACGGGCUGAACAUCGCGGUGACCGUAUCGCGCGACGUCCCCGGCCUGCCCGCUACCGCGAAGGACGGCAAGCGCAGUCUCUACACCGCCACGGAUGCGUCCGUGCUGCAGGGCCUGGACCCGGAUACCCUGGAGCCGGUGGGGAUCGCGCGGCAGACGGACCUGCACCCUGAGCUGAAGGGACAGGUUUCGUCGGCGCAUGCGCACGUCGACCCCGAAACGGGGGAUCUGUUCAACUACAACCUCGACAUCGGCCGCACCGUUACCUACCGUGUCUUCAAGACGUGCAAGGCGACGGGGGAAACGGAGGUGCUCGGGACCAUUACCGAUGCGCCGCCCGCAUAUAUCCACUCCUUCUUCAUGACGGAAAACUUCGUCGUGCUGUGCGUGUACUCGGCGCACUUCGGCAUGGGCGGCAUCAAGAUCCUGUACAACAAGAAUAUGCUGGACGCACUCGACGAUGUGUCCGCGGACAGACGGGCGAGCUGGUAUGUUGUCGACCGGCGACACGGACGGGGCGUGGUUAGGAAGUACACUUCCGAUGCGUUCUUUGCGUUCCAUUCCGUCAAUGCGUGGGAGGAGGAUGGCGGCAUCGUCGCCGAGGUGCCCGCGUACGAGAAUAUCGACAUCAUCAAGAAGUUCUACCUUCACAACAUGAAGGGCGAGACGGAUGAGGCGAGGAAGUGGAUAGCCGAGGGGCGCUCAAGGUUCAGCAGGUUCUGGUUGCCGGGGCUGGACGAUGUUGAGGCCGGCGAGGGGAAGGCACAGCUGGUAUGGGCGAGGGAGGCGGAUAUGUCCAUGGAGCUCCCCUCGAUCAACCCUCAAUUCUCGACCAAGCCCACGCGGUACACAUACGGCCUAACCAACCGCCUCAAAUCCACGCUGAUGGACGGAAUCAUGAAGCACGACAGUGCCACGGGGGGCCACCUGCUAUGGGAGGAACACGCGCACACACCCGGCGAAGCCAUCUUUGUGCCCGACCCCGCAGGCACAGACGAGGACGAUGGCGUUCUGAUGAGCGUCGUGCUGAAUGGAAGGACCGGAUUGAGCUACCUCCUCGUCUUGGAUGCGAAGACGCUCAAGGAGGUGGCCCGCGCUGAGAUGCGCUGCGCGGUGUUGGUCGGGUUUCAUGGGAGUUUCGUGGGUGCUUAGGGAGCGAGGGGGAGGGGGCGUUUGGGUGGUGUGGAAUUGGGUAUUAGGUUUUGGCAUACGCUGCGUUAGUAUUGUUUACGAUUUUGUUCGUACUCAAUUGAGUGAGCCGGCCAGAUUGGAUUGGGCGGGGACAGUAUUCCGGGAGCUUUCCGUGUGCGAGGACGAGGGGACUGCAAUGUGCAUUGUGCAUUGAGAUUCGAGAGGUUGGUAUUCAAAUAUACCUCAUGGUGACCAAUCAUGAUUCAUCAAGCCUCAAGUUCCGACGACGACUUGCACUUGCACUUGCACCGGUACAUCUAGUAGGUAGCAAAAAGUGAAGUGGGAUUGAUACGGGAGGAAUACCGCGGUCAUUUGAAUACCGACGAACGACCAGAUUUUAUUUGGCCAACUUCGGUAGUACUACGUGAUCAGCGACCAGAUGGCUGCGGUUUCAGUGAUCACUACCGAAAUACUUCCGUGCUUGCAGAAAGAGAUGCUCACCAG